GUAGAAUCUGCCCAUGUUAACUUACCUCCAAAUAACAAAAAAAAGGAUUGUGACAUUUCCUAAAGGAACCCUGGAAAUGUGUUAGUGCUACCUUUGCUGACUCCUACUCACAGGGAUAUCACAGAAGAUAAGAUUCAGUAACUGGGGCAGAUACGCUAUUUCAUCAGCACAGUAACAUUUAAGGUGUAUAAGCUGUAGGCCUCCAUACACACAGCAUGCAGCUCUCUUCUCCGACCCUUGAAAUCCUGCCCUUUGCCAUCAUUUUCAUCAUACAGUUGAGUGGUACAAAUCAAUGGAAGGGGUUAGGUACAACUCCCCACCUGGAGAAUAUUGUAAUUGGCAGGUGCUAUGACUACAUAGAGACGGUGAAUCCUUCUGUGGGGAAGAACUGUUCAGCCAUAUGGGAAGCCUUGAAGAGUGCAUUUAUCAGCAAGGACCCAUGUUCUGUAUUCCCAUCUGAUUACGAGCGCUACAUCAACCUCACGCUGCAUGACAUCCCCAUGAAUAAGUCACUUUUCUGGGAAAAUAACAAACAACUGGUGCAUAGAUUCUCCGACCGUGGAAAACGCUCCAUGCCUUUAGGUGACACUUUAAUGGGAUUUCUGGCGGAUAACAUGAACUUUUGUGGAGCAGCCAAUAAUUCAGGAGGAUUAGAAAUCGCCGUGGGUGCUGCAGAAUUUACGUAUGCUAAGCACAGCUAUGGUGAAAUACAGAUCAUGUUGAAUGGAUCCACACCAGAAGGAGGAUUCCCACAGCCCAGUUUUUUAGCUGAUUUUGAAAUUCCAAAUUUUCAAAAAGACAAGGUUUCCAGCAUUAACAUCUGGGUGAUGGACGAAAUUGAUGGCAUGGAUGUGGAUUCCUGUGGAAAGAACAGCACUGCUAUAUUGGAGUCUGUCUUGGCACGCAGGGGUUUUUCUUACAAGUGUUAUGACAAUUAUCGACCUGUUCACAUCCUGCAAUGUGUGGACUUUCCUGGUUGGCCAAGUUGUACUACUGAUAGUAGCAGUGGAUUUACAUCAUCGUGGAUGACAAUGGUUCCUGUCUGGUUUACUGUGAUUAUUAAUUAUGAAAUUAUACAUUGAUUACAUAAACAAGAUAUUUGCACUCCA